CAGCAGACUAAUUGCUGAUUGGACUUGAUGAGCAUAAAAUCCUGAGCCUGCUGGAUUCCCCAACCCUUCUGCUUUCCACCAUGGACCAGGAUUACGAGAGACGUCUCUUACGCCAAAUCAACAUACAGAAUGAGAACACGAUGCCUUGUGUAGCAGAGAUGAGAAGAACCCUGACGCCUUCCAAUUCUCCCAUGUCUUCUCCCAGUAAGCAUGGUGACAGAUUCAUUCCCUCAAGAGCUGGGGCCAACUGGAGUAUCAACUUCCACAGAAUAAAUGAAAAUGAAAAAUCGCCAAGUCAGAACAGAAAAGCAAAGGAUGCUACAUCAGACAAUGGCAAAGAUGGCCUUGCCUACUCUGCCUUGUUGAAGAACGAGCUCUUAGGAGCAGGGAUUGAGAAGGUGCAAGACCCACAGACAGAAGACAGGAGGCUGCAGCCAUCCACCCCAGAGAAGAAGUCUCUCUUCACUUAUUCGCUCAGCACAAAACGUUCUAGUCCAGAUGAUGGCAACGAGGUCUCACCGUAUUCCCUGUCUCCUGUCAGCAACAAAAGUCAGAAGCUGCUCAGAUCACCUCGAAAACCUACUCGGAAAAUCUCCAAGAUUCCUUUCAAAGUGUUGGAUGCCCCAGAGCUGCAGGAUGACUUCUACCUGAACCUGGUGGACUGGUCCUCUCUGAACGUCCUCAGCGUUGGCCUUGGGACUUGUGUUUACUUGUGGAGCGCUUGUACGAGCCAGGUAACCCGGCUGUGUGAUCUGUCUGUGGAAGGAGAUUCUGUAACAUCUGUGGGCUGGUCAGAACGGGGGAACUUGGUAGCUGUUGGCACUCACAAGGGCUUUGUACAGAUCUGGGAUGCAGCUGCAGGAAAAAAGCUCUCCAUGCUGGAGGGACACACAGCCAGAGUUGGUGCCUUAGCAUGGAAUGCUGACCAGCUAUCUUCUGGGAGUCGAGACCGGAUGAUCCUUCAGAGGGACAUCCGCACACCCCCGCUGCAGUCUGAGCGGCGGCUCCAGGGCCACAGGCAGGAGGUCUGUGGGCUCAAAUGGUCUACAGACCACCAGCUCCUGGCCUCUGGAGGGAACGACAACAAGCUCCUUGUCUGGAAUCACUCCAGCCUGAGUCCUGUCCAACAGUACACCGAGCAUUUGGCAGCAGUAAAAGCUAUUGCCUGGUCUCCACACCAACAUGGGCUCCUCGCCUCUGGCGGAGGCACCGCUGACCGCUGCAUACGCUUCUGGAACACGCUCACGGGGCAGCCCUUGCAGUGCAUUGACACCGGGUCACAAGUGUGCAACCUGGCCUGGUCCAAACAUGCCAACGAGCUGGUGAGUACCCACGGCUACUCACAGAACCAGAUCCUCGUCUGGAAAUACCCCUCCUUAACUCAAGUAGCGAAGCUCACGGGGCACUCGUACCGAGUCUUGUAUCUGGCAAUGUCCCCUGAUGGGGAGGCCAUAGUCACAGGAGCCGGAGACGAAACCCUGCGCUUCUGGAACGUCUUCAGCAAAACUCGCUCGACAAAGGAGUCAGUAUCCGUUCUCAACCUCUUCACCAGGAUACGAUAA